CUUUACAUGUUAAUUUUAAUUUUACUUUGACACGUUUUAGCUUGUGCAAUUUCUGCACACAUUUGAUACCACACUGACUUAUUACCUAUUUGAAUCUUUUUUGUAAUGGCAAAAUCAAACAAAUCCAAAUCCAAAAGUGAGACAUUGGGCCACACCUUAGUCGAGACUUCCCAUUCAGUUUUCAGCGAAAAGUUUCGAAAUUUUCAGGCAAACUCGCAUGAAGCCACAUCGGAGAACCUUCUAGAAGUUUCAAAGAAGAAAAGGCAGCUGCAUGCAAUCGAUGCUGAAGACGACACAAACGACGAUUUCGAGAAAUCCCCUGAGAUUGACCUAAUUAAAGGACUUCCAAAUUCCCAGCCAGAAAACGAAGAUGCACUCCAUAUAAAUCCCCAUAAAUCGCCAGAAUCCAGCAGCAGCCCUAAGUCCCAGGCGACGGAGUGCUUCUACAUAAACAAACUUAAACAACGCCCCAAGUCUGUGGUGGAAUUUCAAUUGAAACCCCAAGCAGAUGCUGUUUCGCUUCGCUCAGAAAAUGAAGCUGUUGCAAGUGAUGAAGAAAACACCAGCCAAACGGGCUACGAGGAGGCUGUUGAAUUGAAGAAUUAUGUGGAGCUGCUCAACCAGCUGCGCGACCUUCCCAGCUGCCAUGAGCUGGAGUUGCAGGAGGGAGUUGACCAGGAAAAGGCAGUGAGCAUACCGGGAUCCAUUAGAGGCCGUUCGGCUGCCAACUCGACGGGCAUGGCAGACACGGACACAGACCAGGAGAGCGUGUCCGAGGCGCAGCCUUCUCCACUGGGGCUGAGUGCACAUAGUCUGGCGGAAGUCUCCUCCUCAGAGAUCGAGCAAAGUGAUUCGUUUGCAGAUGAUGCUGAGUUGUCCGUUAAGUUCACCGAGGACGAGCCAGCUCCAUUGAAACAAGCUGAUUUCGUCUUCGAUUCAGAUGAGGUGCAGAUCAUUGAGGAUGAAAUUGUGCCUCUGGAGCUGAACCCAACGAUCUGCAACUUUCUGGACGAAAUCAUUGACAAAGUCGUUGCCAAAGCCGAAAAACCUGAACGCUUACUAAACCAAACACUGGAUAAAGCUAAGCUCAUGGAUGCACUGCUGGCAGAGGCUGAUGGGUAUCGUUUCGAGCACUUCACAAACCAAUAUUUAUCAAACAGGAUUACCGACAUUCUGGUGCGCCGUGGCAAGUACUCCCUGGUAACGCCCAGUAAAAAUGCAGAAAUGAAUAAGAACAAUCAGAGUCGCUGUCGAUUCGCACUAAAUGAGUUGGACUACUGGCUGAAGCGGGAGCAGCUCUCUGUCCAAGUGGCACGCGAUGAGGUGCAGCGACUUGUCAGCGAAGAGGACAACAGGAGAACCCAAGACGAUAAUCUGUGGCAGCGUCUGGAGAGCCUUAUCAAUGAUACGCUACUUGUAUGCCCCAACUUUUCGGAUAAUUUGAAAAUUCUGGCUGCAAAUACAACUAGAAGGCUGAGCAAAAUGCGCGAUGAGUUGUCGGAGACACGUCUGAAUCUAAUACUGAAGCAACACACAUAUUCGCACAUUAAAAUGAAAAUUCAUAAAAUGGACACCAUUUCCGAGCACCUGACCAUGCACAAAUAUCUGUCAGUUGAAGCGGAUGUUGAGAAUUUGGACAGAACGUUGGAGUCCAGAAACUUGAGCAUCCUAAAAGCGUCGAACCUCAUCAAUAGCAAAAUCCAUUCAGUGUCCCAUCUGAGGUGUCGUCGAAAGACUUUGAGCCGCAAGCUGACGGCGGCCCAAUGCAUACUCGAGUCCCUGAAGAACCAAUUCAAAGCCUUGAGGGUCAAGGCCUAUCGCUGCAACAAAACCCACAACAAGCUACUCAGUGACCUCGGGAAUGUCCGCCACAAGGGCGGCAUCGUGUUGUAUCCUUUGCUCAUAGCAGACUAUGACCAGACGGUGGAGGCUGUGGGCACAAAGCGAUCUGAGAUGGAAGCGCUAAGGGCGCAGCACGACAGUCUGCUGGAGCGACUUGCAGCGAUCGAAGAGACUCGACGAAUGUCACUGACAAAACAUCGACAAAGUCGCAACCAACUUCGCACUUCCACUCUAGUCGAGCGAAUGGAAAGGCGUGGAAACUUUUUCUGACAAAAAUAAAUCCCAACAUUCAACGACUUUCCAUUCGAAUUUCAAAAAUUAAUAACCAUUCAUUCUGCCUGUUUAAA